GCAACCGACAGGGUUAGUGAUUUUCUGGAUUUAUUUAUUUCAAAUCUCUCAUAAUAGAGAGUCGGCGUUUAUCAAUUCAGUAAGCCGAGAUAUUGGAUUUUUCCCUCAAAAUGGGUUUCAGCUCAUACUACAGAAGCAGUCUUUAUUCCAUUCCGGAAGAGGAGCCAGAGGAGAAAAAACCAACUCGUGCUCCGUACAGAGGGCGUAAAAGUAUGAUUUUAGAACGACCCGUUGAAGUUAAAAAAGCAAUCUGUGUUUCUGAUCCGGUAAUUCAAGAAUUAAAAAAAACUCAAAACACUGAAUCUACUUGCUCAGAGAUCAAUCUGAAGAAGGAAUGUGAUAUAAAAAAGGAAUAUUCUAAUAACGACUCUAAUAUUCAAGAUUCAAAGACUGAAAAGAUCCUAAAAGAUGUUCAAAGUGUGAAUCAGAAGCCUGGAAGUGAAAUGAGAAAGCAAGAUUUGAACAAAAGCUGUAAUCUCCUCAAACAAAAGAACGCUCAGGUGUUUGAAUAUUCCCGUCCUUUCAGUACUCAAACUGAAGAACCCAGGAUGGAUUAUCCUUAUCAAAAUAACGUUCAGGUUUAUCAGUAUUUGGGUCCUUUGAAUAUACAAACUGAAAAUGUUCCCAUGAAUAUUCCGAAUGUUAAUCUGAAGUCUGGAAAUGAUCCUCUGUUUUCUUCUCAAACUUUUCCUGAUAAUGGAUUUUAUUUUGCUCCACCCUUGAACGAUGCCUCUAAUUUAUACUAUGAACCUUGCGAUUCUCUUCAGCAGAUGAAUUUCGUUAACAUUUUUGCUCCUCCGAGCACUGACCCGUACUGUGCCGAUUUGCCAUUUUCUGAACUGCGCACUCUACAGUUUUUUUAUAACUUGGGAUGGCAGUACUUCCAUGCAGUAAACAAUUUCAUUAACUAUGGCUACCUACAGCCCUUCAAUUCUGAACAGAAUCCGGAUUAUUUUCCUGGGUUUAAAAAUCGUGAACAAAAUCAGAAUUAUUUCCCUGGGUAUAAAAAGCGGAAUUACAAUAAUUCGGGAUACUCAAACAGGACAAAUUUUGAAAACCAACGAGGAUUCCGAAAAUAUAGGCCAAAUGGAAAAAAUGUGAGAAAAAAAAAUGCGAAUAAAAAUAAUGCAUGGAAUGGAGGCCAAAGAACAUUCAACAGAUCGUAUGUUUAUCAUUAAUCAUCUUUUUAAGUUUCAAUUUCAACAAAUGAAAUUCAUCAGUUUUCUUCAUCUGCUCCUAAUUUUAAAGUAUUUAAG